AUGCCGGAGGUCGUCCUCGAACACUGGCCUCACCCCAGAGCUGAGAGCUCUAGCAGGGCCUUCACCUCCGCCUUGAUCACCCUAACCCUCUCAAUCCUGGGAAGCUCGGUGCUGCCCGUCCCAUACGCGUUCAGCCGCACGGGCGUGCUGCUGGGCCUGCUCACCGCGCUGGCGGUCUCCCUGGCCAACUCGCUGACCGGGACGCUGCUGGUGCGUGCGGCGGGCGCCUGCGGGACCAGCAGCUACGAGGCACUGGCCGAGACGCUGGGGGGCCCGCGCUGGCGCGCCUUCACCCAGUCCUGGCUCGUCCUGCUGCUGUUCGGCACGCUCUGCGGCGACUUUGCGCUGGUGGCUGACACGGGGCGCCUGGCGGUGGGCAAGCUGGCGGGGUCUGCCGCGCCCCACUGGCUGCUGGCCGGCCAGGGCCGGGUCAUCGUGGCCCUGCUGGGCCUGGGCCUGGUCCUCCCCCUCAGCUGCCUCAAGCACAUUCGGAAGCUGGAGCAGGCCGCAGCAGCAGGGGUGGCACUCGUCGGCGUCCUGACCGUCAUCAUCAUCCGCCGCUGCGUGGCUGACGACUUCCCCGCCGUCCGCUCCGGCGAGCUGGACCUCUUCCACGUCCGGCUCACCCCCGACCUGCCCGAGGCGAUCGGCGUGCUCUCCUUUGCCUUCUACGUCCACCCCAUGCUGCUGCCCAUGCUGGCAGAGAUGCCGGCGGGCGCGCGCGGCGUGGCGCUGACCGCGCGCGCCAAUCAGCUGGUCACCUCGGGCGUGGCCCUGGCCAUCUACUCCGUCAUCGGCGUGUUUGCCGCCGCGCGCUACGGCCUCGCCACCGGCGGCGACGUGCUGGUCAACGAGUGGCUGGGCGGGGCGUGGGAUGGCGCGCUGGACGCGGGCAUGGCGCUCUACCUCGCCCUCUCCAUGGUCCCCAUCGUCCUCACCCUGCGCCUGCAGCUGGACGCGCUGAUCCUCGGACCGGGGCGGCGCACCUCCAGGGCGCACACGAUGCAAGUGACCGCUGCGAGUGUGCUUUCCUCCCUGGGCGUGGCGCUGUGCUUCCCCACCGCGGCCGAGAAGAUGUUUGCGAUCACGGGCGCGUCGGCGGUGUGCGUCGUCUGCUAUGCACUGCCCGUGGCCUUCCACCUGCGCCUGUUCUACCGCCCCGCCUCGGCGGUGGCACGCUGCGCGUCAGUGCCUGACCUGGCACCCAGCGCGCAGCACGCGCUGCUGGGCACCAGCCUCGGGCCCGACGCGAACCAGCACAACGCCUCCACGCUGUCGCUGGCGGGGUGGGGCCGGCCCGGCUCCCCCGCUAGCACCGCGCCCUCCACCGGCUCGGCGCGGCUGGCCUCGGCCGAGCACGCGGCCAGCCUGGCGCACUGGGCGGACCUGGACGACAAGCUGGCGGGGCUGGAGCCGGGGCCUGUCACGCUGGAGUACCCCAGCGUGCACAGCGUGCGGCAGGAGCCCAGCGUGGCGCGCAGGGCCGCGGCGAUGACGCAGCACGUCGUCCUGCCCCUGCUGGUCCUGGUCCUCGGCUUCCUCGCCAGCGGCGUGGGCCUUGUGCUGGCCAUCCAGCAGCUCCUGGCGUCCUGA